UCAUUUGUGAGCAAGGAUUGAAGAAAAUGGCAACUUCAAUCGAAGAUGCCCGUAGCCGGGUGGAUGCUAUCUGCGACCAGGAAAAUAAAACCACGGUCAUGUUCGUCGGAGCUCCCGGAGCUGGGAAAUCGUCCUUAAUCAACUCCUUGAUCAACAUCAUCGACUACGACAAGGACUCUAGGCAGAAGGGUAUCAGCAGGUACAUCCCCACUGCCCCGCCGGACAUGAUGGGUGGACACACCCUUAUGCGGGAGCAGGUGGACUUGACCGAUGCUCUGACCAUUGUGGAUAAUCGUGGAUGGCACGACUGGGAGAAAGAGGUGGCUCUGAAAGAGCUAGUCGCUCAAAUAAAUGCCCGACGGGCCUUCGUUGAUGAUGUAGAUUGGGAACAUGGAGAAGAGGAAGAAGACAUCCUGGAAAUUCCUCUAGUUAUUGCAGAGAAAAUAAGCUGUGUUACCAUCGUUAUCAAUGGUGAAGGUGGCCUCGGUGCACUCAAAGGCAUGCAGAAUCUGGUCAAGACGUGCAACAAGGAGACUGGUCGCAAGCCAUCGGUCGUUGUCACUCACAAAGAUAAGAUGACUAUGGAUCAGAUUCAGAAGAUAAAGUCUAUGCUGGAGCAAGAACAUGGGAUUGGCAGAGAAAGAGUGUUCGUCAUCCAGAACAAAAUUGAUAUUGAUACCGGUCUUGAAGCUGGCUCAAAAUCACGUCUUCUCGAUUUCCUUGAAGGCUGCAUUGCUGAUGGACAAGCCGGGGGUAGCUUCCAUAGCCAGAAAGAAAAGAGACACGAGAUCCGAGUAGAGUAUAAGAAGAAGGUCGAUGCGCAUAAAGCUGCAGAAAGAAAGAAGCGACAUGCCGAAGCACUAGAAGUAGCUGCGCAAGAAUUAGAGCUCGUAAAAUCCGUACAAGAGAAAAUGAGGCUUGAAAUAGUGACAAAUAAAGAGAAAGCUUUGGUCUAUAUUGAGGAGGCUGUGAAGAAUGAUGAGCGAAAGCAUUUGCAGAAUAUGCAAAAGGAGGAAGAAAAGAAUUAUGCGGCGUUACAAAAGCUUGAGAAAGAAAAUGAGCUCAAGCUCAUGAAAUAUGCUGCCGAAAUGGAAGCGCAAGAAAUUGCCAAAGUGGUUGAGAGAGUAGCUAAAAAGGGAGGCGGACCAUUUUUCCAUGUACAAAUGAAAAGAAAAUGAGAACAUUUCCCUAAAAUCGGAGGUCUUGCAAGUUAUGCAAAUGUUGAUACAAUAUCUAGUUUCAUUCUUCUUCUUUCUUUUUCCUCGGAAGGUUUGAUUUUUGUUUAAAUCGUAUGAGUCGAGGAAUGCUACUGUUUUAUGUUAUUUGUCAGUACUUGCACGAAAAAGAUAUUGCCUAUUUUUGCGAAUGAAUAACAACUUCCCAAAUGUUCAUUUUCAUUUUUUUUGAAGAAAAUGCAAUUAAAACAAAUUGUGUACCUGAACUGUCCCUUCUUGCAUUGGUUUAACAAUGAACUCUAUUUCUUUACAAAACUCAUACAAAUGUGUCCGGAUUCCAGAUAUAUUGUGUGGCAAAAGAUAACUAGAAAUUGAUGCUGAUAUCGAUAUCAUUUUCCCUCCCCUUAUGGAGAAUGUGCAUACCUUGUGUGCGGGUAAGCAUGAAUCCGAUGACCGGGGUAAAAAUAUAUAUCUGUAAAG